AUGCUAGCCCGCCGCGGUGUAAUAGCCGACGAACUCACCGAAUCCAGGUCCCACGUUCAAGAAGCAGUACUCGGAAGCAGCCCCAACAAUCGAACCACCCCAAAAUCGCACUCCGAACCACAUCCCGAACCCCCCAAAACUUGUACCGAUCCAAACUGCCAUUUCUCGCCCUCUACCUCCGAAUCAGCAUCAGCAACCUCCUCUUCCACCGUUCGCCAAGCACAAGGAACAGACCACCACAAACACCCCACACACCACAGCCACCACCACCAUCACCACGAAUGGGAUAACCUACCGGGAAUCACCUCAGAAGCAGAGGUUUUGCGGCAGAUAAAGAUGCAGCAGCAGCAAAGGGAACAACAACACCACAAAUGGGACAACCUACCGGGAGUCACCUCCGAGGCCGAGGUUCUGCGGCAAAUGCAGCAGCGGGAACAGCGGGAACAGCAACAGAAAAACGAUGGUGGUCAGGAGCAGAGCCAGGGCCUGGACCAGGGUUCCCAGGUCCAGGGAGGUAACGGCAAUAAGCCAAAACAAGCGACAUCUGAAGAAGAAGAAGAAGGGCAGGCUGGGAGCAGUAUCACUGGAACCUUCUCUAAGGUGGACAGAGGACAGGAGCAAGAUAAAGGGAAGCAGAGGGAGGGUGAUAGUCCGAAUAGGGGACGGAGGGUGGGUAGUACGGGGAAAAGUCACGGCGAAUGUAGGAAGCUGGAGUCAUUCAAGGGAAAGGAGAAGUUCUUCCGCCGAGGACGAGGCGGGAGCUGGAAAGGGAGGAGCAACACAGGGUUCAUAUGA